AUGGCCAACGACGGCAACGAUCACGCCGAGCUGCACCCCGGCGCCGGCACUGGUGCAGCUACGAGAUCAGUGACUGGAUCAGCUACUGGAUCGAGUUCUGAGCUCUCUCCACCGUCAACAGCAGGCUUGGCGGGAUCGACACAGGCCGGCGAGCCAUCCCCGCGGUCUGUUUUGGACAAUGUUGACGAGAAGAGUGAAAGCACACGACCAGACAAGGUGACAUCACGAGAUGCAGCCGAUGCAGCAAAGAACAAGGAAGAGCACACCGACAGCCGCGACAGCCACGACAGCCACGACGACUUGGACGACUCGGAUGACUCUUCCGACGGAGACCCAGAGGACGCUGGCCGCCGCAACGACACCAGCGACGUCCACCAAGAGCAUCCCGACGACGACGGCACCCUGCCCAUGGCCAACGAGCCAGGCGCCGGUCUGCAGGCUCUCGAGGUGCAAAUGUCGCAGCAGGCCAACGAGCGGCCCGCCUCGCUGUCGCUCGCCCGCACCGUCUCCCGCGCGCCCACCAUCAUUCCCCGGUCCAAGCGCCGCGGCCUGUUUGGCCAGUUUGCCAUUUUGCCCGAGGUCGAGCGCCCCUACGAGUACCGCAACAAGACCAAGUGGCUCAUCACGCUGAUUGUCGCCCUGACGGCCGCCGGCGGCCCGCUGGGCUCGUCCAUCCUCUACCCGGCCCUCGCCUCGCUCACCGUCGACCUGCACACCUCCCCCACCACGGCCAACCUCAACGUGGCCCUCUACAUGCUGGCCAUGGGCAUCUUCCCGCUGUGGUGGUCGUCCUUUUCCGAGACCCUGGGCCGCCGCACCAUCUACAUCAUAUCGUUUUGCCUGUUUGUCGUCUUCUCCAUCCUCAGCGCCAUCAGCAAGAGCAUCGGCAUGCUCAUUGUCAUGCGCGUCCUGGCCGGCGGUGCCUCGGCCUCUGUCCAGGCCGUCGGUGCCGGCACGCUCGCCGACAUCUGGGAGCCCCGCGAGCGCGGCCGCGCCAUGGGCAUCUUCUACCUGGGCCCGCUGACGGGUCCGCUGUUUGCGCCCAUCAUCGGCGGUGCCCUGGCCGAGAAGUGGGGGUGGGAGAGCACCAUGUGGUUCCUCACAAUCUAUGGUGGCCUGGCCUUUGUGAUGCUCUUCUUUUGUCUGCCCGAGACGCUGGCGCGUGACCGGCGCCCGCCGCGCGAGCUUGAGAAGAAGGAACGGACGGACAAGCCACCACAGACACAGGCAGAGACACAGGCGGACGUCGAGGGACAGGCCACAAACAUGGCGGACGGCGAGGCCGCCGAGUCGGGGGCGGUCGUGGCCCCGGCUCUCGCCCGCAUGACCACGACCCAGUCGGUGCGGGUGCAGACACAGCGCGUGGGUUCCUUCCUGAAGGUGGCCUUUGUGCAGCCGCUCUCCGUCCUCCUGUAUCUUCGCUUUCCGCCCAUCCUCUUGACCGUCGUCUACGGCUCCGUGACCUUUGGCUCGCUGUUUGUGCUCAACGUCAGCAUCCAGUCCGCCUUCGCCAAGCCGCCCUACCAGUUCAGCGAGCUCAUUGUCGGCCUGCUCUACAUCCCCAGCAGCCUGGGCUACAUUCUCGCGUCCCUCGUCGGCGGCCGCUGGAUCGACAACAUCAUGGCCCGCGAGGCCCGCAAAGCCGGCCGCUACGACCAGCAGGGCCGCCUCGUCUUCCUGCCCGAGGACCGCAUGCGUGAAAACGCCUGGCUCUCCGCCUCGCUGUUCCCGGCCGCCCUCGUCUGGUUCGGCUGGACCGCCCAGCACGGCAUCUACUGGAUCGUCCCCUCGAUUGCCAACUUUGUCUUUGGCUUCGGCAGUAUGCUCGUCUUUGGCGCCGUCACCACCAUGCUGACCGAGUUUAUGCCGCGCCGCAGCUCCGGCGGCAUCGCCCUCAACAACUUCUUGCGCAACAUCUUCUCGUGCGUCGGCGCCAUUGUCGCCCAGCCGCUCAUCGGCGCCAUGGGCUAUGGCUGGCUCUGCACCAUGUUUGCCCUGCUGGCCUGGAUCGUCGGCAACACCUGCAUCUUUUUGCUGCGCCGCAACGGCUCCAAGUGGCGCAAGAACAUGGACGAGCAGCUCAACAAGUUGCCCUAG